AUGUCCAGUAAAGAACAAGUGAAUAACAACGACAAUACAAAAGAGGUGCUCUCUAAAGUUGUAGGAACGGUUAGAGCAUCUAAUGCUUUGGCUGCUCAAGAUAUAGAGUUUUAUAGUACUUUAGACAAAGACAUUGCAAAUUCUGUCGAUCAUUUAAAAAAUGAUCUCUUAGACAUGAUCAAUUCUAUCAUUUUCUCUAUUGAUGAACAUGCUCCUACCAUUGAAUCUGGUAAAGAUCAAUUGGAAGGUCAAGAUUGGAGAGACUACACUAAUUUCAUCGAUAAUUUAUUUGAAAGAGCAGAUAGAUCCAUCGAUAUCCUUAAUAAUAGUCAUGGAAUUAACAACCACCACCACAACAACAACAACAGUAAGAAUUUUAACAAAUUAAAUGAUGGUUCUCAAUUUCAAUAUCUAGAAGAAAAUAUAAAUGAUACAAAUGAUCAUUUUGAUAAUAAAAGAAUCUCGAAACCACAAUUAACUUUUAAAAAACCAGUGGACAAUAGUGAAUCCCAUCCAUUCAAACCGUUAUUGAUACAGAAACCAAAUGCUUUAAAACCAUUAGAAGAAUGUUUAAAAUUAGUAGAUGAAGACACAAAUGGCAACAUUCCAUCUCACUACCCUCAGCCUUAUCAAUACGAAAUUGAAAACCAAGAAUAUAAUCAUGAUAUCCUCGUGAUUAAAGACCCAAUCCCAUUUAAAUCAUGGAACGACACAGAACCCAUUUGGAUUGAUCAAGUAGACCAAAUCCCUCAUUUGGUCCAGGAUCUAUCUAAUUAUAAAGAACUAGCUAUCGAUUUAGAACAUCACGAUUUUAGAUCCUACUAUGGUAUCGUCUGUUUAAUGCAAAUUAGUACCAGAGAUAAGGAUUAUUUAAUCGAUACAAUCGCUCUAAGAGAUGACUUGUCCCCACUAAAUAAAAUUUUUACAAAUCCAAUGAUCACUAAAGUGUUUCAUGGUGCCUUUAUGGACAUUAUCUGGUUACAAAGAGAUUUGGGUCUUUACAUUGUAAGUUUAUUUGACACUUAUCAUGCGUCAAAGGCUUUGGGCUUCCCUAAACAUAGUUUGGCAUAUUUAUUAGAAACAUUUGUCAAUUUUAAAACAUCUAAAAAAUAUCAACUAGCUGAUUGGAGAAGAAGACCAUUGAGCAAACCUUUGUUAGCAUAUGCACGUGCUGAUACACAUUUCCUUUUGAACAUCUUCGAUCAAUUAAGAAAUGAGUUGAUUAAACAAAAUAAAUUAGCUUCUGUGCUUAAAGAAUCAAGAGAAGUCGCAAAAAGAAGAUUUGAAUACUCUAAAUAUAGACCCAAGAUCAAUAUACCAACAGUUUAUAGUCCGAUUGAAAAGAUAGAUCCUUGGAGGACUUUAAUGUACCAGUAUAAUGUCCCAUUAGAGAAAGAGCAAUUGGUGAAAGAAUUAUAUAUCUGGAGAGAUACAAUGGCAAGAAGGGAUGAUGAAUCACCAAGAUACAUAAUGCCAAAUCAAUUAUUAAUAUCUUUGGUAGCAUAUACUCCAAUAGAUGCUGCUGGAGUUGUCUCUGUUAACACAUUUAUUACUGAUACUGUUAGAUCAAACUCCAAACAAAUUGCUAACAUGAUUAAAAAUUACUUAACAAGUGUGAAAAGCAAUAAUAAUAAUUCAAGCAUAACUUCUAUGAACAAUAUUUCAAUAGUACCUGAUCAAGUUACUAAAACCGAUAUUUUAACACUUUCACAAGUAAGAAAUAUGUUUGUACAGUUCAAUGGCUUAGAAAAAAAAUAUUCAGAAGAGGCUAUAGAAAAAACUAAAGAUAAUAAAGACAUAAUUGGGAUGAAUCAGUCUAAAUUUUUAGGUCAAUUGACCAAUAAUAAGCAUAUCAUAUCCUAUAAAGAAAAUAAUCCAAAGAUAGUACCUGAAACUGUCUUACAGUCACGCCAUGAAGCAUUUAUUAAACUGAUAGAUGAAUCAAACAAAGUUGAAUAUACCAUUCCAGUUCCAAAUGAAGAAAUGUCGUUUGCUACAACUGAUACUUCUGCUAUUGAAUCCUCCACUAAUAUUGAUGUGAUACCAUCGAUUGUGACAGAAGAGAAAGAGGAUAUGAAUGAGAUAGUAGUAUUAAAGAAGGUUAAAAGAGAUUCUACAAAUUCAAGGAAGAAAAAUGAACAUAAGAGUGAAAAUGAAGAACCUAUCAAGAUUAUUGACUAUUCAAAAGAGAAGAAAGUUCUUAGUUCAAAGAGGGUUUCUGAGGAAGAUGACAAUAGCAAGAAGAAGAAAAGAAAAUUCGAUCCAUUUUCUCAAAUUCAUGAGACCGUUAAAGCAGCUAAGAAAAGGAAAAAUAUUACCAAGGGUAGGAAUGUUUCAUUUAAGAGAUAG